AAUGCCAAGUGUAAGUGUUCCGCCAAUAGUAAUUGUAAUUUGAACAUGACCGAAGCAAGUAACAAACGAAAUUGUCGAAUGGCGGCCAACAGGAAGAUGUGGUCGAAAGCAGUCAUGAUGAUAGCGCUGAUAUUGGCUACAAAUCAAGCGGUGUUGGCUGGUGGUUAUGGCGGUGCUGGGAGUUUUGCAACAGCUUCGGUUUCAGCUUCUGCGGGUGCUGUUGCGGGGGGAGGUGGUGGCAGUUAUUCUGGUGUAGGUGCUGGUGGUGGCAGUUACUCAGGAGGAGUUGGUAGUGGGAGUUACUCUGGCGGAGGUGAUGGAAGUUAUGCUGGAAAUGGUGGCACCUUAACCACAAUUGUGCCUGGUGUCGUUCAUGGCAGCAUCAAUUUAGAAAAGAACGUCGACUUGGAAGCCCUGGAAGAUGGUAUCUCGGAUGUUUUUGGUGGUAUAUUAAGUGAGGUUGUCCAUGGCCUGCAUUCGUCUGUACAUGGUGGAUUAGUGGGCAGCAGCAAUUCCGGUAAAGUACCCCAUGGAUCUGGAAAUGGUGUUGUGAUAUCGGUAAAUGAAGGUGAACAUGGCGCCACCAUUGAGACAAGUAUUGGUGUUAAUGGCGGGGGAGGUAUUGUUGUGGGAACAACUUCAAAUGUAGGUGGCAGGCCCAAUCAUAAUAGACCUCAUUCUUCGGUUGGUGGAAAUGUUCCCAAUUCCAAUUUAAAUCCUGGAAGACCCAUUCAUGGCAAUGGUGGAAUGGGUGGCAGACCUGGCGGAUAUGUACCCAAUAAUAAUGGGGUUCAUGCUUCCGGCGUUCCCAAUACGAAUAUAAAUUCUGGAAAUAAUGGCAGACCUGGAGGAUAUGUACCCAAUAAUAGACCUCACUCUUCGAGUGGUGGUAAUGUUCCCAAUACAAAUGCAAAUCCUGGCAGACCCAUUCAUGGUAAUGGUGGGAACAGUGGCAGACCUGGAGGCUUUGCACCCAACAACAAUGGGGUUCAUGCUUCGGGUGGUGUCAAUGGACCCAAUACAAAUUUUAAUCCUGGCAGACCUAUUCAGGGUAAUGGUGGAAACAAUGGCAGACCUGGUGGUUAUGUACCCCAUAAUAACCGACCUCACUCUUCGGCUGGUGGUAAGAUCCCAAAUACCAAUUCAAAUCCUGGAAGACCCAUUACUGGGGAAGCUGGAAUUGUGGUGGGUUCAUCAUCGAGUGUGGGUGGAUUUGUAACAACUAACAAUAGACCUCAUUCCUCGAAUGGAGGAAGAAUACCGAACAGCAAUUUACAUCCUGGAGGUCCUAUAAAUAGUGGUGGCAAUGGAAUUGGUGGCAGGCCUGGUGGUUAUGUACCCCAACAUAAUGGUCCUCAUUCCUCGAAUGGAGGUAGUGGAUUACCAAACUCAAACAUAUAUCCAGGAGGGUCAUCGAAUGCUGGUGGUAGUUCAUCGGGAGUUGGUGGCAGACCUGGAGGAUAUGUGCCCUCUUCAUCGACUGGAGGAAAAUUACCAAAUUCGGAUACAAAUCUAAAUCCUGGAAAUCAAAUUCAUGGUGAGGGUGGCAUAAUUGUGGAAAUAUCCUCGGGCGUAGAGGGAGCAUCUGGUGCACAUGCAUCCAAUAGUAACAGACCCUCUUCAGGGCAUGGAGCUGGUGUUCCACACACAAAUCUAAAUCCCGGUGGUUCCAUAAACUCAAAUGGAAGGCCAUUAAAACCUCAAAAUGGCAAAAAUCCCACAUCCACAAAUAUUGGAACUGGGUCCGACAUACAUAUUUCCAUCGGUGGCCACACUGACAUUACUGAUCUCGACUCAGGAUAUGAAGGUGCAAACCCAACAAUUUUGAUUACAUCUUCUUCGUCUAGUCAUUCAGGAGCUGGAAAUACGGGCAUCAGUUUUGAAGAUUAUGUGGCCAGUCGCAAAAGGCCAUCGUCAUCCGUCGGAGGCACUGCAUCGGGUUCAUAUAAUCCAUCCAUAGGUGACAGCUCAAAUGUUCAUAUAUCAGUUGGCGCCCAACCUGGGGACUCCAAUGGAUCAAACGUUGAUAAUCAGCAAUUAGACACUGAGUAUGGACCACCGCCCAGCAAGGCACCAGGUUCAUAUGCCAGCACUUCGGGGAACACCAAUAAGAAAGGAAAAGGCAAUGGUUAUGUUACUUUUCCAGGGUCAGCCAGUAGCUCCUCGGCUGGUCAUGAUAGCUCCAAUGGUCAAGAAUAUGCAGAUAAUGUACAAGGAUCUUCGGUGAAUAUUGGUAGCUCAAGUUAUGGCAAAGCCAAUGGUGGUAGUAUAACCUUCCCCGAUUCGGACACAUCCAAAGAACCACAAAUUAGGGAAAUCUUCGAUGAUGACUCCAGUCAGGAUUCCGUAGGAUUUACGAGCGAUGGAAGUGGUCUUAGUGUGACAAGUGGAUUUGGUUCAAAUCAACGUAAACCAUAUGGCGGCAGCUAUGCCAGUUCAUCUUCCGGAUCCAAGGCUUACUCUGGAAAUACUAACAAAGGAUACGGCAAGACUAGCUCUGGAACCUAUAACGGUUCUGGUGACUCAAGUUUUGUAACGGCCGCCAGCAGCAGUGCAUCUGCUUCGGCCAGCAGCAGCAGCAGUGCCGGAGGCGCACUGGGUUAUGGUGGUUCAUAUUCAAGUUCAUAUGCCAGUGCAUCAGCUUCGUCGGCCGCCUAUGCCAGUCGACAUUAAUCAUUACUAAUUUUUUUUUAAGGUGUUAUAUAUGUAUGUGUAUAUAUUUUUUAGAUAAAUAUUUUCGUUGUUGUUACUUAGGCAAAUAAAAUGUGUUUUGUUGGUCGAA